ACACAAAAACAGUCACAGCUGAAGCUGCACUCCCGACAUAUAAGAACACAUCGCUCCCGUACAAGGUUAACAACUUUAGUAUUCGAACGCUUCGAGGUACUUAUGAAUCUCGUGUGAAUUCACUUCGAAGAUCAAAGUACUUUGUACAUCCAGCCGUAUCGGUAGUCUUGUAGGCGCUAGAGUUUUGGGAUGACUCCGUUGAGACUCUCUUCCCGGGCAUCCCGCUCGCUUCUCUCUUCUUUCUGCAGAAGAAUAUCAGACUCGCCCCCGCCGUUCCCGUCUCUUCCAAGGUCGCAAUGCUUCUGCCCAGAAUUGGGUCCGAGUUCGAGAACGAGCCGGUUCCCUGCCGGGGCUUGUCCCAUUUUUCAAGCAUCACGUAUGUAUGCUGGCAAUGAGCGCAGAUAUUAUGAUCUCUUUGGUGGUGGCAAGCCAGGAGAUGAUGAAUUCAAGAAAUCCUGGAAGAAAGAGAUGGAGGAAGACUCCUCUGUGUGGACAGGAAGUGAGGAUGAAGGCGACACUGAUGAGAAGAGUCAGAAAUGUCUCAAAAGAGAGAUUCGUAAAGUCAGGCAAGAGGCGAAAGAUCAUUCCAACCAGAUUGAUGCAGAUGAUAGUGAUGAACUGCAUAGCAUAUGGUCUGAUAGUGACGAGGAGAAGACAUUGUGGACCGGCAGUGAAUGCGACGAUGAUGAUGACAUUCCUACUGAAGCAUAUCCCAAUGAAGCCAGUGAUAAGUAUAUAGAUAAAAUAUUCGAGUUUGAGGAAAAACCAAAAUACAGGACAAUCUCAGAGCUGCUGAAAGCCGAAAAUGAACCAGAAGAGUUGUCCCCUGGGAAGAAAGCCCGGAAGUUAGCAGUUGAGAAUGCCUUGAAGAAAUUGAAAAAGGGACCUGAUGGUCGCUAUAUCAAUGUGUGGGAAGUUAUGAGCGACUUGGACAUAUUAAUUGGAGCUUUUGAGAAUAUAGUUUCUGGACCCGAGUACGAGGAACUCAGACAAGGAGGGCCUAAGAGGUUGAAUAUGCAGUUCUUCAAGGAUAUCCAAGCACGCAUGAGGGAUCCGAAUUACAAGUUCUCGCACGAAUUGAAGCUGAAGCCAAAGAGCAAGCUCGUUCCGAGGAAGAAAUGGCAGAAGACGCAAUCCAGGAGGAGGAAAGCACAAAAGCGCUAAGUAGUUUCUUUCCAAUAUCAACGCGAAAACAUGUGUAAGAAGCUUUUUUCGACCAGGUAACCUGUGUUAGGAUUACUGGGUGCUUUAAUGUAAUGCUAUGAAUCCAUUGAUUGUUGCGGUUGUUC